AUCAUUUUUGUUUUCUUUGGUUGGCACUUGGCAGUACUUCUGCAUGGUGAUGAGGAUCAAUAUUGAUUGUAAUGGUUGCUACAGAAAAGUGAAGAGAGCCCUUCUUGAUAUGCCAGAGUUGGAUACUCAUCUGCUAGAGAAGAACCAGACCAGGGUGGUUGUGUGUGGAAGGUUCAUCCCACAGGAUGUUGCAAUCAGGAUAAAGAAAAAAACUAACCGUAGAGUUGAGAUAUUGGACAUACAAGACUUGAGUGAGAGCAAUGCUGAAAUGGAAGACCAGAAACCAAUGACCAAUAAUUGGACUCUUCUAGCCACCCAGAAUAAAAUGGAAACAUGUCUGGCUUGAGAGAAACAGAGGAUAUAUUGUCUCAUUUGUCCACAUAUAUCCACAAUUGAGUAUGUGACUUCAACCAUUUCUUUUUAAAUUAUUAGAAAUAUUCUCACUACUAGGUAUGUGACUUCAACCUUUUUUUUUUAAAAUUAUUAGAAAUAUUCUCACUAAUCAUUGUAAUAAUUCUAGACAUAAUUACUAACUUGUAAUUGCAUCUAUUUCUGUAUUUGAUUAUAAUUUCUUUAUCAAGAAUAUAUAACAAAUAAUAUUUUCAUCUAUUUCUGUAUUUGAUCGUAACUUCUUUAUUAAGAAAGAUAUAUAACAAAUAGUAUUUUUUUUUGUAAGAAAUUAUAAUUUAGUAGCUUUUGAAUUAGGUUGCGUUUUAAGAAAGAGGAGGUGCUGGAUUACAAAAGCUUUGCCUGUGAAAAGUAAUUAGAAAGUAAUUUAUUAUUUACAAUUGUCUCUUUUCUUCCCUUAUUCUCUGUUGUAUGCAUGUAAAAAGAUAUUACCAUCAUACGU